CCCGGGCAGCCCCGGCAGCCCCGCCGCACACUCCACCAGCCAGCGUGGGCAGAAGGUUAUUCUCUCCGGGGCAUUUGCAAUCAAUGUACCGUGCACUAAUAGAUGCCUCCUCUAUUGUUCAGCUGCGUCCCUGGAUUGGCCGAACAGCUGUGGGAAACACCAGCAAGCCCCAGCCUCACGUAUUUGUUGAAACUCCCCAAUGUAUAAAUAGAGCGGGCGGUAACUGCCUGAGCAUGGUCUGACGCUCAGCACAGCGCCCAACGUGGGGUCUGUGCCCAGGGCUGAGAGCGCUGAGAAUGGCUCCCAGUAACACUCUCGUGAGCCACAUGGAGGAGAAACUGCUGCCAAAAGAAAAGAAUAAACUGAGGAAGCCGGUGGUGGAGAAAAUGCGCCGUGACCGGAUUAACAGCAGCAUCGAGCAGCUGAAACUGCUCCUGGAGAAGGAGUUCCAGAGGCACCAGCCCAACUCCAAGCUGGAGAAAGCCGACAUCCUGGAGGUGGCCGUCAGCUACCUGAAGCAGCAGAGCCAGCUGCAGGACCCCAGUGAGUGCAGAGCAGCAUUCAUUCACAAGAAUCUAGAACAGAACUUCAACAGCGGGUACCUGCGAUGCCUCAAGGAAGCGAUGCAUUUUCUGUCCUACUACGAGCCCAGGAAGGAGACGCAGGUGCAGCUCAUCAAGCACCUCUGCAAAGCUCAGAUGGGUGCAGGUGUCACGCACGCUCCUGCUCUGCGCAGCCCUCCGCUGUCACCCUGUCCGUUUGCCACAAAGCCACCUGCCCAGAAGACUCUGGUUGCUGCUCCUGCCAUCUGGAGACCCUGGUAGACCUGCUGAACUGUGCUUUAUUGCUCUGUUUUGCUACAAAAACUAGAGGGACCUGUGAUUUCAUAGUUCCUCUUUAAAGUAGGAAACAUUGCUUUCCAAAGGUGGGAGGGGGCGGUCAGUUAUUGUUUUUCUGUCACAGGAAAUGAGGGUUGCUGAGUAGUUUCCCUUCACAGUGAAGGAAUGUGUUCGUAUCUUGCAGCAGAUUUGCUGCUUUUCCUGGUGGCUCCUGGUCAAGGACCAAGCCCUGCGGUGACUUGGAGAGCCAAUGCCCCUCAGUUUCCAUCACACUUUUGCUUGGCAAGGCUGCUGAGCCUCUGGCUGUCACUGGAAAUCUUGCUACUAACUCCCGGGGUCGCUGGUUCAAGUGCUCCAUUGUCUCCAGAUAACAUAUCAACCUUCCUAAAGAAGGAGCACUUGGAAGAACGUAUUUUGUAUCAUAAAGACUCUUGAGUCUUUACCUUUUGAGUGAAAGAUGCUAAUAAGAAAUGCUGAUUCUUCUGAAGUAUCUAUGCUAUUUUUAGUAUACCUUCUUACAUAAAGUUAUGAUAACAGCUCUAGGGAAAAUUCUUUUAAUGUCAGUAUGUGCUACUCUCAGUUGAGGGAUAAUUGCUGCCUUUUGUAAAGGAAAUACCUGUGAUAUACCUUAAAGAAAAGGGGGAGGAAGGGAAGCAGUAAGUACCUUAUAAUCACUCACUAGAUGUGCUAAAGUGCUUAAAAAGCUUUUAUAAAGUUGUGAUGUAUUCAUCCUGUGUGAUGUCCAACUUUGUCUUCACUGUACAAUGCAAUAAAAAUGGUUUUAGUCAUUAA